GCUUCCGUUGACACUUCAGCGACAGUUCGCGAUGGCAGACACCCACAGACGGAGACCUGAGCCCGGCGACAGAAAGCCCUCACCUGCGGGCGCAUCCUCCGCGACCAGAGCCGCAUCCGGUGACAGCUCCGCGGUGUAUCUGAAGCUGUUGGCUGCGGCCUUUUACGGAGUCAGUUCAUUCCUCAUCGUUGUUGUCAACAAAAGCGUCCUGACCAGCUACAGAUUUCCAUCGUCAACAUGUGUUGGAAUCGGCCAAAUGUUGGCUACCAUUGUAGUUCUGAGGACUGGGAAGGCGCUGGGUGUUAUCUCGUUUCCAGAUGUGGAUAUGAGUAUCCCACGCAAGAUGUUUCCGCUCCCUUUACUGUACGUCGGGAACCAAAUAUCAGGACUGUUUGGGACACAGCGACUCAAUUUACCCAUGUUCACAGUUCUGAGGAGGUUCAGUAUUUUUCUCACCAUGGUGUUUGAAGGACUUUUGCUGAAAAAGACUUUCUCCACGUCCAUUAAGAUCACAGUGUUCACGAUGAUCUUUGGUGCUUUUAUUGCUGCCAGCGCUGAUUUAGCCUACGACAUGGAAGGAUACAUAUUCAUAAUGCUGAACAAUAUCCUGACAGCGGCCAGCGGGGCGUACGUCAAGCAGAAACUUGAUUCCAAGGAGCUGGGCAAAUAUGGGCUCCUCUACUACAACGCUUUAAUCAUGAUUUUCCCCACUGUGGCAUAUGCUUACUACUCAGGAGACUUGCAAGAGGGCUUGCAGUAUAACGGAUGGUCUGAUCAGCUGUUUGUGGUGCAGUUUGUGCUCUCCUGUGUCAUGGGCUUCAUUUUAAUGUACUCCAUCAUGCUGUGCACACAGUACAACUCAGCACUCACCACCUCCAUCGUGGGCUGCAUUAAGAAUAUACUCGUGACAUACCUUGGAAUGGUGUUCGGAGGAGACUACAUAUUCACCUGGACUAACUUUCUGGGUCUAAACAUCAGCAUUGCUGGCAGCCUGGUGUACUCCUACAUCACCUUCACACAGGAACACACGAAAAAGGCGUAAGAGCAGUCCUGACCUGACACGGAAGAACUGUGUAUGACUACAAAUCAUGCUGUCAAAAUGUAUGUAUUUUCUGUAUUGUCAGGAAAUCAUGGAAAGCUAAUUUCUGAGAAUAUAAUCAAAGUUUAUAUCUUUAAUCAAAGGUGCUGUAUAGGAUAUUUAGAACAUGUAUUAAUGGUUCCGUGUCUAAGUAAACAGGACUUCAUUCUCUGGUCAGGAUGAAAUUUCUCCACUAUAUCUUUACAUAGAAAAUAUUCAUUCACUUUUAUAUUAAUGCUCUAAAUGUCACGCGCAGCACCUUUAAGAUCAAGUGCCUUCAUUUUUUCAUAAAUGUUUUUUUAUUGAUUAAGUCAUGAGUGUUUUUUUAUUUUGACAAUUAAAGGAUUGAUUUGUAUUUUUGUAAUUCUGUUUUAAUACAAUACUCCCAUGCUAUAAUGAGUUAUUGGUCACUCUUUUUCUCCGCAUUGGCUUUUAAUUUUAAAACACUAUUAUAGAUUCCAAAGUCCAGCUCAAAUAAGGCGCAGCUGAAAGUGAUCAUCUUUUAAAAUUACAGUCUCGUCGCAGGGACAAAAAAAUCAUACAAUUGCUUAAGCGUCAUAUUUAGUUGAACCUCUGCAUUGUUGCAGAGAAAAGACUGGAUUUGUGGAUAUUGUCCCUCAUUUCUUUGAGUAAAAAAUAACAUUUAAAAGGAGACUUAUUAUUCUUCUAGAACAUAUUUACAUGCUUAAAUGUUAAAAAACAAACUAUUUUCUCAUUCUGUCUGUCUGAAUAUACCUGUGUUCACCCAUCUGAAACACCUGUGUCUUUAAGACUCCCUCUAAAGAAAUCCCAGUCCGCUCUGAUUGGUCAGUGGUCUCUGCACCAUCAUUGCAGCAUGGGAAUGACUACAACAGCACUAUAAAGGCACUUUCCUUGAAUCAAAUGAGGUGUUUUUGUUCUACUGAAGUGUCCAAAGCUUUUAAACUCACAAUACAACAACUCAAGACUCA